AUGCGGGAUAAAGAUAAAGAUGCAGAUGUUCGCAAUAUCGCCAAUUCAGUCAAUUGUGUACCUCCGCGCCGGCCGUGUCUCCUGCUGACAGAAUGCUCCGAGAAACCAGUAGCGGCGCCGAUCCAAACUGACCUUCCCACUGUACAAAACGGAGACAAAGCUGUGUCUUUGCAAGAGCUGACUGCAAUGUCGGAAAAUGAUGAAAGUGUCGCGACUGAGCUAUUGGGCACGCCGGUGUUGCAAUGUGCCGAAAACAAUGGGGAGUUAAGGAAUAACCUAACUGUCGGAUAUUCACUUCGUAACGACAUCGAAAGCGUUGAAAUAUUGGAACUUCCAUCGUCACCGUCAGUUAAUAACAUUGGGAGUGACCCCGAUGACCCUGAUGCCUCAACUACUCCAAACAAAGCUUCGUCGUCGUUUGGGAUACAGGACGGUCUUGUUAUAGACCCACUGGCGCCCACGGCGCUGGCGGUGUCAUCAGAGUUCAUGGACCGAAUUGGGAGCGGCCUUACUCUACUCAGGGAUCACGGGAAGAAACUGCAAAAGUUCGUGAGCAAGAGCACCGCAUACGACGUGUUCAAUAAAUCAUGGAAGUCGAUAGUAAAUGUGGUGUUAGUGGAAGCCAGGGAUCUUCCCCAUGGCCCCGCCUCUGCCCCCAAUAGUCUAUACUGCAAAUUCAAACUUGGCAACGAGACACACAAGUCGAAACGAGUAUCCAAAUCGAAAGCAAAUUGGCGUGAACGAUUCAACCUUUACCUAUACGAUGACAGCAAUUUGGAAGUCACAGUGUGGCAUAAAGGAAAACAUAAGAACUUUAUGGGAAGAUGCAUCGUCGACCUUUCUCAACUUGAAAAAGAGAAGACACAUGAGUUAUGGCAAGAGUUGGAGUGUGGCUAUGGCUCUAUACACCUCUUGGUCACACUCAGCGCCACGGGAAACAGUUACGUUGUAGACAGCGUUCCUACUACUAACGGUGUUCAUCAAGCAAUUCUUCCGAAAGAAGAUUUUACAUGGUACAGCCCGACCAAAUGGCACGGUGUGGGUCACCUAGCACUGACAGUGUACGGAGCAAAAGGACUGAGCGCGUCAGGCUUUAGUGGAAAAGUUGACGCGUACUGCGUCUUCGAACUUGACAACUCCAGAGUACAGACGCAUACUGUGAAAGGAACCACAGAGCCUUCUUGGAAUAAAAGUUACAACUUCACAGUUAACGAUAUCACAUCGACUCUGGAUAUGACUGUGUACAAUGAAUCGAUAAUCAACAGUUCGAUGGAUGCGAUAAUUGGAAAGUUAUCUAUUCCCCUACUGCGGAUAAACAAUGAUGAGGUACGAUGGUAUGCGUUAAAAGAUCGCGCGAAGAAAGGUAGUGCCAAGGGAAAUUGUCCUAGGAUACUGUUGCAGAUGUCUGUCGAUUGGAACCCGGUAACAGCUUCACUAAGGAUCUUGAGUCCGAAAGAGACGAAGUACGUAAAGAAGCGUGAGAAAUUCAACAUUCCAUUAAUUUAUAGCAAUUUGAAGUUUAUUAAGGACAUCUUCAGCAACAUUGCUGUAUGCAACGAGCAUGUAAAACAUUUAUUUGAAUGGGACGAUCGCCAGAAGUCAGCAAUCUCGUUAGCAGUGUGGCUAGUUUUUUGGUACUUCAUGCAACUGUGGAUGAUGCCUCUGCUGUUGCUCGUACCCUUCUUAUACAAAUGGCCAAAAUACAGAAGUUGUAAUAAUACAGCCAUUGUUCCUGUCUACAAUCUAGAUGAUGACACGCCCGAAGAUGUGGACAGUAGAGAUAUCAAGACAACAAUUAGAAGUCAAGUCUACGGUCUUCAGGAACUCACAUUCACGAUCAAGAACGCCAUCGAUUAUAUCGUAUCUGAACUAGAAAGACUUAACAAUUUAACGUCGUUUACUGUGCCGUAUUUAAGUUAUCUAAUCAUGGCAGUUCUGUUGGUGCUCUCCGUAGUGCUUUAUUUCGUAUCUAUACGAUAUUUAUUUAUGGGACUAGGUAUUUAUAAGUUUACGCGUAAAGUGUUAAACCCAGAUAGAGUUCCAAACAACGACAUCCUAGACUUCCUAUCACGGGUACCCGACAAUGAGACAUUGAAAGAAUGGCUCGAGUUAAAAGUUCCCGAGCCAAACCUGAGUGUUUCUGACUCGAUUAGAAGACGAACGACCGCGAAUUAAUGCUGGUAGCGUAUAGGUAAAGGUGAAUG